UAUCAAUAAAGUCCUUUUUUAUUACUCGCUUCAUCCGAAAUGGCUCCAGUAAGAAACCUAUCAAUGUCGUACAGCACCUUUGUAAUAGCUUUGUUAUGGCCCGCGGCCAGUCUUGCAGCAAGUAUUGCUUCUUCAGAAAGCUGCCCAGUAACUAACAAUCAUUGCACUUGCCUUUUUAAAGGCCCUUUUUAUAGUAUAAGAUGCAACUCCAUGAGCAAAAUGACUGAUUUUAAAGCAGUUCUUUCGAACGUUGGAGAAAAUGCUGCAGUUUUAGAGCUCGAUUCUAUGCAUUUGGAAUUCUUACCCUUAAAUGACUUGAGCAACAGUUCUCUGCAUACUCUUAUUGUGGGUAAUAGCAGUUUUCAGAGAAUACACAAUUCUUCCGGUUUGCAUCAGCCUGUAGUAAACUUGCAUCAUUUGUCUCUGGAAAAUGUUACGUUCAGUGAAAAAGUGCAGUGGAAGCAGUUUUCGAAUUUGACCAAUUUGCAAGUACUUUUCGUUUAUAAUACAUCAGUGCAGAACGUUAUCCCUUCCAAUUUUAGUAGCUAUGGGAGCAAAAGUUUGGUGUCGCUAACAGUCACUGAAAGCAAUAUCACGCGAAUUGAAAGAAAUAGUUUGAAACUUUUAACAAAUUUAACUGCCUUACGCAUUUCGUAUAAUAAUUUAAGGACAUUUAGGCGAGAUGCUUUACCACAGACGUCAAAACUGGAACAAUUGCGGUUAGAUUCAAACCGAAUACAUACACUACCAGCUGGUGUGUUUUCUGAUUUGCCUCAUCUUAAAUUAGUCAGUUUAAGUAACAAUACGAUAUCGACUCUUCCUCAAGAUGUAUUCGGCCCACUCUGGAAGCCAGAUGUCUACAUAGAUUUAAGAGGCAAUCCUCUAAAAUGUGACCGGAGACUGCUUUGGACUGUUACUUCCGAAACAAAACCGAAAAGAAUUAUUGGAAAAUGUGUGCAUCCGAAACAACAUUUUGGCAAAAACAUCGCAGAUUUAACUGAAGAAGAAUUGAACUGCUAAUAUAAAGAAACAAUUCGUAUUUUUGGACUUUAGUAUUAAUUUUAAAAAGACGUUACAAUCUUUUCUCUUUUUAACUUAUACACAGAUAUCAAAACAGAUUUUAGAAUAUUUUGUAAAUUUUAAUAAAUGGA